GACGUCAUAAGGCUGCGUCGCGCUCCAGCAUCUGUUGUGAUUCGGCUGAAGAAAGGACAAAGUGUUUAUAAACAAAGGAAAAACUCCUGGUGAAGCGACUGAGAUCCACGUGACACUCUAUUAUAAAGAUGGCGUUUAUUAAAGAGGAGAGUGAAGAUGUGAAAAUUGAAGAAACAUUCAGAGUGAAACAUGAAGAAACUGAGGAACAAACAGACCUGACGCCACUGAAAGAGGAGAGUGAAAUACUCAAUGAAAAUGAAGAGAAAGAGCAGUAUGAGAUGCAUCAUGAUUUAAUUACUGGAGAAAAAUCUUUUAGUUUCUCACAGGAUGAACAGACUUCCUCACGAAAAAUAGCUCAAAAGACAGGAACAAGAAGUUCUUUAACUUGCCUUGUAUGUGUAAAGAGUUUCAGUUGUCAUGGAAAUCUUAAAGUCCACAUGAGAAUUCACAACGGAGAGAAGCCUUACACCUGCCAACAGUGUGGAGUAAGUUUCACUCAAAAUGGACACCUUAAAGUCCACAUGAGAAUUCAUAGUGGAGAGAAACCUUACACCUGCCAACAGUGUGGAAAGAGCUUCACAACAGAACUAAACCUUAGGUAUCACAUGAGCAUUCACACUGGAGAGAAGCCGUUCACAUGUGAUCAGUGUGGAAAGAGUUUUACACGUAAGGUAAACCUUUAUAACCACUUCAGGAUUCACUCAAGAGAGGACUGUUGUCGUCACUGUGGAAAGAAAUUCUCAGGCACAAACAGCCUUACCCGGCAUAUGAGAACUCACUCUGGCGAGAAGCCUUUCGAAUGCCAUGAGUGUGGAAAGCGUUUCACUCAACAAGGAAGCCUUAGCACCCACAUGAGAAUUCACGCUGGGGAGAAGCCUUUCACAUGCCCGCAGUGUGGAAAGAGUUUCACUGUAAAUGGUCACCUUAAAGCCCACAUUAGAAUUCACACUGGAGAGAAGCCUUACACCUGCCAACAAUGUGGAAAGAGUUUCACUGAAAAAGGAAGUCUUGAAAGGCACCUAAGAACUCACAAUGGAGAGAAGCCUUUUACCUGCAAAUUGUGUGGAAAGAACUUCAUUGAAACUGGACACCUUGAUGUCCACAUGAGAAUUCACACUGGAGAGAAGCCUUACACCUGCCAACAGUGUGGAAAGAGUUUCUCUCAACAAGGAAACCUUAAAGUCCACAUGAGAACUCAUAUUGGUGUAAAGCCUUACACCUGCCAACAGUGUGGAAAAAGAUUCACUGAAAAAGGAAGCCUUGAAAGGCACUUAAGAUCUCACAAUGGAAAGAAGCCUUUUACCUGCAAUUUGUGUGGAAAGAACUUCAUUGAAAACGGACACCUUGACGCCCACAUGAGAAUUCACACUGGAGAAAAGCCUUACACCUGCCAACAGUGUGGAAAGAGUUUUAAUCAACAAGGAAACCUUAAUGUCCAUAUGAGAACUCAUAUUGGAGCAAAGCCUUACACCUGCCAACAGUGUGAAAAGAGUUUCACUGAAAAAGGAAGCCUUAAAAGGCACAUGAAAAUUCACAAUGGAAUAAGCCUUUGAACUGCAGACAGUGAUGAAUAAGUUUCACCUGAAAAGGAAACCUUGAAGUCCACAUGAGAAUUCACACUGGAAAGAGUCCUUACACCUGCAAAAUAUUUGGUUUCUUGAAAAGAAAAUACAUGAGAGUUCACACUGGAGAGAAGCCAUGUGAUCAGUUUCACAUGUAAAUAAACCCUAUAUUGCCACAUAAGGAUUAACUCGAGAGCGCUGUUUUUUUGAUGUUGUAAAGAAAGAAACGCCUUAAGAGGCACAUAAUAACUUGCUUUGGAGAGCAGCGUUGUCAUCACUGGAAAGUGUUUCAAUCAUAAAGUAAACCUUAAAGGGUUAGUUCACCCAAAAAUUAAAAAAAAAAAAAAAAAUGUUCAUGUCAUUCCAAACCCUUAAGACUUUGGUUCAUCUUUGAGACACAGAUGAAUAUAUUUUUAUUGAAAUCUGAGAGAUUUCUCCAUUGAGAGAUUUCAGUCCAUGCAACUACUACUUUGUUGCUACAAAAUGUCAUUAAGAGAUUGUAAAACUAAUCUAUAUGAACAGAGUGGUUUAGUCCAAAUUUUAUUUUAUGUAUUAUUUUAUGUUAUAUGAUGAAUAGAUUGAAUUUAGGCUUUUAUUCCCAUAUAAACAUUCAUCAGCAUAUAUAAACAGAAGCUCAACCAUACAUGCGUGAAGUGAGAGAACAAACUUUAUUGGUUCUUGCAGCUCAAACGUGCUGUGUAAAAAGUGAAUGAACCUCACUGGGUCUUGCUGAAGCUCAAACGUGCUGAGUAACACAGGAAAAUGAACCUCAUUGGUUCUUGCUGAAGCUCAAACAUACUGUGUAA